CUGAAGCCGAAGUACUCGCUCUUUCUUAAGGGAGACUAUAAACCAGCACCACUGUCGGUUGAACCAUCAAUUUACAACGAACGAAUGAAACAAAAAGAAAACGACGGUUUCCCCAAAUUACUGAGAAAAGUCUCAGUUUUAGUUAAGAAAGUACCAGGAGCUCAGACACGGGACGGAGGUUCGACUUCAGUGUCGGACGAUGUCGAAGCAGUAUGGGAACGCGGAAUGGCGAACUCAGGAAGACGCCAACGGCUUGUCAUAAAACUUAUAGCGGCUCGUCAAAGAACACGCCUGCGACGACGCGCUCUGCGGGUGAUUUAG